AUGUGCUGUGCAAAAAGUAAAUCAUUAAUAUUUAUUGCACUGCUUUUCAACUGCCUAGAAAUGGGGAGGAUCUUUUCAGCUAACACAGCUCCAGAUAUACCUGUUAUUGACCAAGUUUGUUCAAAACUUAGCAACAGUAUCACAGUGGAAUGGAGAGCAGUACCUGGGGCUACUAGUUACCUGCUGACUGCACAAGAUGGAGAUCCCUUCAUUGGAACUGUAGUUACAAAUUCUCCAGGCACAGCGAUGGAACUGAAACCUGCCGCCUUGUACAGAAUCACUAUCAGAUCUACAAAUUCAGGAGGAAAAAGCCAGUCUUCACCUUUCAGAAAAGCAAAAACAGUCCUGGCUGCUCCAGUUCUGUCUGUUAGUUCUCAUUGUGACUCUAUUGCAGUGAGCUGGAAAGCUGUGUAUAUGGCAGCUGGAUUCUCUGUGUCCCUCAUGAGAUCAGAUGGUUUGGGCAGAAUGCUGAAGGAGAACACCACCAAUACCUCCUUGAUAUUUACAAAUCUAGAUCCAGGAACUCUGUAUACUAUCAAGGCAUAUGCCUGGAAUGUCAACAGGAUACCUGGAGAUGAUUUCACAUAUAACCAAAGAACAAGUCCUAAUGCACCAGUGGAUGUUCGAGUAGCUUUUAAUAGUGGUGCUUUAAGAGCUAUUGUUUCUUGGAUGCCAACUGACAGUGUGACAGCCUCCAGUGGACUCUUGAAACUGAAGCGUAACACAUCUUCUGCCUCCUGCAUGGUGCCAUCACUCCGGUGCGGCUCUGAAUAUUAUGUUUCUGUCACAGCACACAACGAUGCUGGAUCCAGUAAACCUACUGAUGCAGUAAGCUUAAAAACUAUUUCUCAUGCACCAGUAAAUAUAUCAAUUGAAGAGGAUGAACCCGGCCACUUGUUGGUGUUAUGGUCUAGCGUAAAUUUUGGUCAUUAUUAUGUGGUUUUUGUGAAGAGCAAUGAUGGCUUGGAAGUGCCCUGCAACACAUCACAUACGCACUGCCAUUUCCAGUCAGGCUGUGGCUUCACUUAUUUCGUUAGUGUCUUUGCAUAUAACAAGGCAGGGCAGAGUCCUUUAAGUGAUUUAUUCAAUUGUGCUACUGACACGAAGCGCAUAGAGAAACGAGAUGAGGCUCUUCGGUUUGGUGCCAGUUACCAGCUCACGCUCAAGUUUCCCUCUCUGCCUGGUCUGUUCCCAGCACCUUGUUGCCGGCAGCGCCUUCGGGGCCAGGUCACCUGGGCGCCUCUCCCCGCUGCUGAAGCCUGUGGAACCAAAUCUGGGGCGCUCUGCAGCGGCACCGCCACAAGUCCCAAAAUUAAAAAUAUCUCAAAGGAGGCUCUUUCUGUUAUCAGUGUGUACUGUCAAUCUAACAAUGAAGAAGCUACAUAUAUUGUCACUGCCAGAGGAGAGGCUAGACUUUGGCAUUGCACAAGCUCUGGAAAUUCUAGUACCCUAAUUAAUCUUCCCUGUGGAUCUGCUUUCUCUGUUAGUGCUAUAGCAAGAUCUCCAGCAGGACAGAGCUUACCAAGCUACAGCGUCCCUUUAGAGAUAGAUCCUCGUUGCCCUAAUGACCUGAUACUAACUCAAGUGAGACAGCCUGUAACAAGUAUCACCUGGUCUGUGGGGAUGGCUGCACAGACAUAUGUAACAACACUGGAGUCUCCAAAAGGACAGGCAAAGUGUCGCACUCUUCAAAAUUACUGUCUCCUGGGAUGCAUCACAUGCAGCACCAACUAUACAGUAUCUCUGAAAGCAAUCAGUGAAGCGGGCUUGACAUGCAGUUGCACAUUGCAAGGAUAUUCUUCCAGUGCUUGCUGCCCUUCUGGGGUGAAGCUAUAUAGACUCGGUAAUAAUGGUGUCGGGGUACACUGGCGAGCUUCUGAAGAAAUGAUAAACUACAAUACUGAUUGACGUGGCUCAAAAGGCAGUUUCACCUGUACCCCUAGCUCAGGUCCAAGUCGCUGGGAUAUCACUGAGAUACCUUGUGGAGAUGUCUACACAGUGGUAGAAUCUCCAGUUACUGAUAAGGGGCUGAAGCUUACAUUUUGUCCUAAAAAAAUCAUUUCAGUAACCUGUUUUGGAAGCUCUGUUGGAAUGGGUAAGAGCGCACAGUACAUUCAUUCCAAAUCCAUGAUGUUUAUAAAACAUGUUAGUAUCAUGUAA